UCAACUGGACAGCUACAAAUCGAUAACAUAGAUGAAGAUAUGUUGGAAAACUAUGAAAAUGACUGGAGUGAGAAGCACACAUAUUCUUACAUUAGGCAAAAUCUCUCAUCAUAUGAAUAA